UUUCAGAUUCAAAAAAUGUCUUGCCCAUACAUCGAUGAGGACAAAAUCGUGGGGAAUGUUGAGAUGGAGUUGAAAAAAGGAGGAACUUUCGAUAAACUGCGAAAACAAGCAAUUGAGCACGUCAAGGAUUCAAAAUUGGUGCACCGGAUUGAGAAUGAAAUGUUGGUUAAAGUAGAUGAAAUCAUUGCAUCGUCAGCGAAUCUUACGCAAGAAGAAAUUCAACGGAAAAUGAAAGAUUUCAUGAAUGAAAAUGCAAAAAUGCGCAACGACAUUAAUCGACAAAUACGCGUGGAGUUCGAAAAGGAGUGGGUGCACGAUGAACUGGACAAAGAAAUUGAUGAAAAAGUUAACAAACAAUUGGAGAACUCAAUUUGAUCGUCUUUUUACGCCGCUUCACAAUUCACGGGUCGUCACGUAAUUGUCAACACAUCUCAACAAAUUGAAUGUAUUUUAUUUAUCAAUUUGUGUAUAACACUUUUUCAAUGAUGAAUUUCAAAAUAUGUAUUCUGUUCUUCAUAGCUCUUGCGU